UUUGGCAGGAGCUUCCGGGGUCCUCAUUUAUGUAAAAGCUGAAAGGUCUCGGGUCUUUCUCAAAGCCGUUCUCUUUCAUCGUCUACACAUCGAUGGGCAUGUUGUUUCUCAGCUCUGCUGAAACAGUUCUUGCCCAAGCACCCGUGAACGAUGUUGUCUCUUGGCCUUCGGGCCUACUUCUCCUAGCCAGUAUCCUGUAUGCAGCGCUGGGAACCUCCCCUGAUCGAUUAUGGGAAAUCGAGCCAUCUUCUGGCAUCUUCUUGUUUUCCGGCUUACCAAAAAUUUCUAUCCCCCUGAUGCAACGGGUUACCUGGGCAUCAAAUGCGUGUCAUUUUGUGCCAGGUGUACGCUCUGCUAAUGGAGUUUCCAAUUUCUGGAUUCGGGCAGAAAAUGUUACUGCUUCUGCGCGCGCAGAGGCUUUGCAAAAGGCUCUGAGUCUUUUACAGUGUGUAUCAUGGGAUAUCAGAGCAGAGGCUGUUCGGGAGUUGAAACUCGAUACCAAAAUCUGGAAACUCUCGCCGGAGGGCUUGAUUUAUCCCACUAGCCAAGUGGCAUUUCGUCCCAACGCCAAACCUCUUAUAUCCACACCUGAUAUUAAACUUCCAUCGCUAUCGAUUCCUCUCGCAUGGGAUUUCCUUCUAUUCGCCGCUAUCGAAUACCAUGCAAUUCAACACUGGGUGGUUGAAGUACGCCGCAAAGAACAUAUUUUCUCUACAUAUGGGAUGCCAUUCCAUUCCGUUGUCAAUGUAGACAGCGAAGAGGACGCUCUAGUAGUCGUAGCUGCACAGAUGGUUCGUCGUCCACAUGGACAAAGUUCUCUCCGCGCUCGAGCCCGGGAAAUCAUGGAUCCACAAACAGAACACUUUUUCCUCGACCUUGACGCUAUUGAUCUUGACGUGCCCAUUUGUUCUAUCGAUUUUCACGCUUACGCACCAGAGCGUUCGAAAGUGUCUGCUUCCCUUCGGGAACUCGCUCACUCCUAUUACGCGGUAGCACAGCAUAUCAGACGGCAUGUUCCUCGCAAUAAUUGUGAUAUGACUGGCCAUAUUGCGAGAAUCAACUUUGGACAAACGCUAUGGGUCGCGCUACUGGGAGGUGCGGUUUUAGACAAUGGUCGAAUGACUUUUAUUAACCUCCCUGAGACGAGAGCGAACUGGAAAGUGUCUGCCGAUCAUGCAUACUUGACGCGUGUGGAGUCGGUUCUUGCGCAGUUGGAGUCGGUCGCCAACACACCGGCAUUUGAAUCCACUGUUACUGGUGCCGGUGGGAUCUCUCGUGGUACUGCCAUGCCAUUCCUUGUUGCAGGACUUAUUGGACAAAUGAUCAUAUGCUAUUUCCUCAGUGUCGGUACAAGCGCAGGCGUAUGGACUAGUGUCAUCCUAGCAAACUCGCUAUAUGCUGGAAAAUUGCACGACUGGCAUAGUAUCUAUUUCGGAAAAUCUGACUCUUCAAGCCAACCUGGGCUCAAACUGCGUGUUCCGGAUAUGAAGACAGAUUGGAUGUGUAUAGCAACUUUUGAUCGUUCAUCACCGAAGGAAGGGUUACUCCGCCAAGGGUUUCUGUUGAAUAUUCUUGGACUCACCGCCGCUCUUCUUGGUGCGAUUUUCCAAUCUCAAACACGGGAUGCUCUAGGUUUCAGUCCAUUUACUCCUACCCCCAGCUGGGUUGUGUAUACCUCAAUCGCUCUCUGCGUUGGGACGAGCGCUUUCAUUGUAUUGAUGUUGGUCUUACAGUACAUCAGAGAGAAGACGUGGACGGAGGAUGCAAUGUUUCCUACGAGGGUCAUGGCGUAUACUACACUAUCAGCUUCCUUGAUCGUCGUCGCCCUCGCCAUUCUAUUCAGAGUCCGAAAUAUGCCAGAACUUUGGCCUAUCCUUGAUGCCUUGACGUGGAUAUCGGGUUUACCGUUGGGGACAAUAGAGAAUGGAAGACUGUUUUCGGUGGAUGACAAUAUUUUGCAUCUAGUGCUGCUGAAUAGAUGGAUGAUGGGUGCUGUGGCGAGUGCAGUUGGGAGUAGCGGAAGGAUGUAAUGAUGUGGGUCUUCUUCUUGAAAGAAGUUCUGCUCGAUGUUCAAUUUUUCUGUUCAUUCGUCUUAGGUUAUAGCAGUACAGUGCGUACUGUUGAUUCCCUAUAAAAGCUUUCAUUUCGAGCAGCAGAUUUUAAGAAACAGUAUGUAUGUUGACAGAAUAUACUCCAAUUCGACGCUUAGGAAGGCUUUCUAGCAUUCCGCAAUGACAAGUGACUG